AUGGCUCAAUUACCCCUGCAAAUCCGAAAAGACAUCCGCGACCUCUUCGACAACGAGGACAGCGCCGUGCAGAGAUCCAUCGCCUCUCUCAAAGACAUCAUAGGCUACCGGGUCGCGUGCACGGCAGAAUGGCACAUGCUGUGGGUGGAGUUGGAGCCUGUGUGCCCCGACAAGACGACGUUCGUCCCCACCAUCGCGAAACUGGUGGAGACGUGGUGCGAUACUCUAGGCAAGAGGCUAGAAGACGCGCGGUUUGCAUCCUGGACCGAAGUCUUUCUCGAAAACCUCAAAACGGUCAAUGCUGUCAAGUUUUCUAUCCAAGUUGCUGCCGAUGACUCCAGAGUCCGGACAGCCUGGUUAGGGCCGAAAUCAACAUCGUUUACCAUCUCGCAGCCCAAAACCGCCAGGCUACAGACCACACUUCAGACGGCUGGCCCGGCUUUCGCAGAAGAUUUUGAGUCCAUGUUUGGCCCUCCAAAUUCCGACUCCUCUACCCCAUCCAACAAGCCGGAAGCAGAGAACCAGCGCCCAGAAAUUCGGGAAGAUGACGAAGACUGGGCAGAACUGGAAUCGGUUGCAGAUACAACCAAAAGCACUGGCAUCAACACGACGGCGAACCGCGUUGUGCCAUAUCCAGCUCCACUGGAACCGAGCACCGAUGUCUUACCCGCACUGGAGACGCUGCCUAGACCGGAGAUCCUCUUCCGCACCACAAGCCCCUACGUGAUGCUGGUGUCCUCGGGAGGCCAGAGUAAGCUAACAGUCAACGGCACGCAUGAACCCAGUCUGCGGAUAUUGGCAGAGUAUUUGCAGCGGUGGAUCAAGACGGAUCCUCAAGACGUCCGCAAGGUCAGUGUGCAAGCUAUUCCUCUGGAAAACCCAUAUUCUCUUUCGCUCUUUCGUCUGAGCAGCUCGGCUAAACGACACCCUCAGAUCCCGUACUUGCGUAUCAAGCUGAACGAGUCGAACUUUGGCCUCGGCCUGUUUCGCGACUCGUUGACCAUUGAGCCUUUCGACUACCAUCAAAGGCAGGCCGUCGUGAACGUGACCCUGGUCCUUGCAUUCAUCCAAGGAGUCUUGGGCUAUCGACGCAUCCCUGGAACAUCGGGUGCUGGUCAGUGGGAGUUUCAGAGGGACACUCCCUUUGCGGCCUGA